UACAAAUAUAACGGCUGGCAUCUCCUCUGCCCUGUUUGUGUUGUUGUUUAAGGGGUUUUGCUUCCAGCGUGUUUCCGCGACCUCCUCUUCCGGCCACCGGCGUGUUUUCCAGCCAUGACCAACUUCCACAGCGAGUUCGAUGCCAAGUGUGGCCGCGGGUACGCUACCUUGAUGAACCAAAUCCGGUCCCAGUUUGGCGAAGAGUUUGGCAUGCUGCUGGACGUGACGCUGUACCGGGAUUACGCCCUGAAGCAGCGUGACAUCUUCGACAUUCCGGAGCAGGGGAAGUGCGACGAGGUGGCCGCCAAGCUGCGCCAGCAAGGGAACCGGCUGUACAUGGCCAAGAAGUAUGAGGAAGCGCUGAAAAAGUAUAACGAGAGCCUGUGCUUUGCGGAGGCCGGUUCCGAGCAGGUUGGGAUGGGGUUUGCUAAUAGGUCCGCAGUUUACCACGAGCAGGGAGAGUUCGAGUUUGCGCUGGCCAACAUUGCUCUCGCUAGGAAGCACAACUAUCCGGUCAAUUUGAUGCCGAAGCUGUUGGCAAGGGAGCGUAGCUGUCGGGACAAACUCGACGAUGGUCAGUCGAAGGGCACGGGGCCAUUUCCCCGGAUGGACUUAAAUGUCAGUGUGAAUCCGAAGAUUCCCUGCGUUGCCGAUGGAAUAAGGAUGAAGGUUUACGAUGAGUUUGGGCGAGGAAUGGUCGCCGAGCGGGACUUCCAAGCUGGGACCGUAAUUCUGGACGAGAAAGCGGCCUUGGCCAUUACCACGCUGGAGACGCGGUACUCGCACUGUGGACGCUGUGUUAAGCAGCUCACCUACAGCCUGAUUCCCUGCCCGGGUUGCGUUUCGACUUUGUACUGCAGCGAGGAAUGUCUGCGAGAGGAUGAGCGAUUCGCGCACCGUUUCGAAUGCGCCAUAGCGGACAAGAUUCGGAAUGUGCUGGAGUAUUCGUCAAUAGUGGGACCGAAGCUCUUUUUCUACGGGUUAACUCUGUUCGGAGACGACCUGGAAGCCAUGAUGGAUUACUGUAAAGGAGCGUCGGCCAGGGGCGUUGGCGACCCGUUCAAGCUGGACUUGCGCAACAAUGAUAGGCUUGAGCAAUUCAAAGAACUUCAGAAGGCUGGGGUUCAUCACAUCACCGAAGUAGAUCACGCUUAUCGUAUCAGCGCCGCUGCAAUGUACGUGGUCUUUAUGAAGCACCCGCUCGUCCAGCAGAUCGUCAAGACCGAAGCCCAGCGCGAGUUUAUGUUGCACACCUUUUUGAAGUACAUCCGAAACUCGAUCGCCUCCAUGCUGGACUGGCGCGAGGGUGGUAUAGCCGGGCCCACCGUUAGCAUGCUCCCGCUGUUGGGUACACUCUGUAACCAUUCGUGCGAUCCCAACGCCGUUUUCGGCAUCCACAGUGGCCGCUUCAAGCUGGCUGUAAUUCGUCCGAUUCGCCAGGGAGAACAGAUUACGUCGUCUUACGGGCCCACCUGGUGGGAACCGAACCCCGACUACGACUGCACCUACAAGUGCCGCUGUCCGGUUUGCAAGCAUGGCGGCGCGAACUGGAAGCUCAACGAGCAAGAACUUCCGACAGCGGCCGUGAAACACCUGACCGUGAUUCGCAAAGGGCUGGAGGCCGAAACGGGAGUCAACAAGGCGGACUUGCUCAACAUGGCGCAGCAGUUUGUGAACCGCUACGCGCAGUAUCAUCCCAGCUAUGUGUUCAGCGCCGUGCUAAAGGCGUACCGACUGUUUAUGAUCGUUGGGAUGUUCAGGGCCGAGAGGAACCAGGAGCGGGCGCAGGCAAUGGCCGCACUGGAGGAAAAUGUUUGAAAUUCUGAAAGGCUUUUACUUUAUUGUUCAUGAAAAAUAACUCAAAUAAAUCAAUCCAA